UCGACGUGUAAACCUGAACAAGCCUUGCACUUAUCAACAAGAAGAAAAGAAAAACGCUUCUCUUUGUCGUCCGAAAAGUUCUUUGGUGCAAACAGAGGUUAGUAAGAGGGGUGAAAAAUCAUGGAGGAGAUCACGCAAUCAGCCCCAUCGCCGCCACCAGCAGCCACCGCCCCCACCGGAACAACUGCUUCAACUUCCAAGAGAAGGCCUGGGACGUCAGCAAUGUCACGAAUGAAGAAGGAUUGUUUAUAUUUUACUGUUUCAUUACAGGAAGGCUUUCGCUAUGUCAAAGCCACAAUAUUGGGUCAGGCGUUAAAGAUUACAGCAAAAAAUGAGAAGGAAGCAACUGCAGCUGAUUUACAGGCCACUAAGAUGCAGGUUGAAGCAGCUGAUGAAGCUGAAAAUAUCAAGAAGAGGCUCGAAAAAUCUCUGUAAUAUCAUACAUAUUGAUAUAUUUUGAGCGAAAUGUAAAAAAUGGAUUUUCUUGAUAUAAGAUUCUGAGCUAUAUUAAGGAGA